AUGUAUAAAUAUGAAAAUCUUUUUUUUUUAUUGUUUCGUAAAAAAUAUGGAUUUAAUAAAUUGAGAAAAAAAUAUUUCCAUUCACCAAAUGAUUAUUAUAACAACUUGAAUGACAUAAAAAAAGAAAAAGGCAUAUUUGAAAAGCUAGUAUGUAUAGGAAAUUAUAAUGUAGAAAAUUUUUGUUUGGAUAGAGAAUUAUAUGAGAAAUAUAGAGAAUGUAUAAAAAAUGAUUAUGAGAAAAUACGAAAGAAAUUAAAAGAAAAAAAAGAGAAUAAUGAAUACAAUUUAUAUAGUAAAGAUAUAGAACAUAAUGAAAUUAAUAAUUGUAAUAAUAAUAUCAAUAUAUAUGAAUCCUAUCUAUAUGAUAUGAUACAAAAUAAUGAUUAUAAAGAUAUACUUAUAAGUGAUGUGAUAUAUGAAAAUGGAAAAAAUAUUUUAUGUAUAGGAGAAGCAAAUUUAUCUUUUAGUUUAUUAUUACAAAAAAAUUUGAACUCAUGUAAAGUUGUUUCAACAUCUAUGGAAGAUGAAUCAAUGUUAAUAAAAAAAUUUGGGAAAAAAUAUUUUUCAAAAAAUUUAAAAUUAUUAGAAAAUUCGGGUGGUAUAUAUAUACCUAAUAUAAAUGUAGAAAAUUUAUCGAACCAUUUUUUAAAAAAUACAUUUGAUAUUAUAAUAUUUAAUUUCCCUUUUGUAUUACCUACAAAGGAAUGUAUAGAAAAAAAAUGGAAUAUAAAAUUAGAAAGGGAAGAAAUAUGUACUGAUCAUUUAAAAAAAAAUAAAACAAACAACAACAAUAAUGACAACAAUGACAAUAAUGAAAAUAAUGACAAUAAUGAAAAUAAUGACAAUAAUAAUAACAACAAUAACAAUAAUAACAAUAAUAACAAUAAUAACAAUAAUAACAAUAAUAAUAACAAUAAUGACAAUGUUUAUAUAAAAUAUUAUAAAAAAACAGAAUAUUUUCUAUUAAAUAAAUUAAUUUAUCAUUUAUUUAAAUGUGCAUCCCAUUUAUUAAAAAAUAAAGGAUUUUUACAUAUACGAUUAAACGAUAAAUAUUUAACUUGCUCAUUUCCAAAAAAUAUGUCCUUAUCCUUUCUAGAAAAAAUCGAUUUCUCUAAUUCUUAUAUUAUCUAUAAAUCGUUGAAAUAUACACCAUCGCUUUUUGAUUGCACAUUCUUAAAUUGUGAAGAUAAGAAAAACAAAAAAAAAACCAAAAAUAAUGUUAUCUUUACAUCUAGUGGAAAAAAAAUAUUCAAGAGUUUUAAAAUGAAGCACACAUCAACAUUAAUUUUUCAAAAAAUUUAA